AUGGGGUCCUCUUACUCCACACCAUCAGAAGAUGUUAACUCUGUCCGACACGAAGCUUCAUCCCCUGAAGGAAACCCAAUGUAUUACCCAAGGCAUUCAGCAGAUGCCGUCGAGAGCUUCAACAUUCUCCGCCAAAAGUUGCCAUCUGAACUCGUCCUGGAGAUUCUAGAAUUCGCAGAGUAUUGGGUGUUAUCUGCCAUCCGCAGAGAAGACAGCGUGGACUAUACUGAAAGAGACUGUCGCGAUCGAAACCCAUACUUGACAUCUGAGCCCAUUCAAGGCGAGCGAUUUCCCGUUCGAGAUAUCAGAAUAAACAUCUGGAGCCAUGAUCAAGGAUGGAGCAGCUAUCGCGAAGAUCAUGGUACAUUCAGAAACUCUUGGACGUGGUUCGAUCUUGCUAUUGAAAGACCACCGGGACGAGAUGAUAUCUCCAAGGACGAGAACCUUCGUCUGGCGACCAAUGUUCACGCUGGACGCGAAACCAUGCAUCACCGGAUUACGUAUCACAGUGACCAGAAACUACACUGGAUGCAAAAUCUUCAAGCGGGUGAUCGGAUUUCGAUUGUCCCACGGGCGCGUUUUCCUGGAUGGCGGAAUACCGUUGAAAAAGCUUCUAUUGAAGUCUACACCAGCCCUGUUCUUUGA